AGCUUCUUCUCCAACAGCAGCAUCACCAGCUCUCUCUACAUCACAGACACAGUCUAAGGCGACCUAAAUUAUCUCUGCACCGCAAUUAUCACAGACCCCCCCGAGGUGUUUGGCAGAAGGAAAGAGAAAUUAAUGAAGAAGGAGGGCGAAGUACGCUGCGCGACUCUUCAGUGGCAGAUGCUGGGAAAGUCUGGUUGAUUGUAGACAGAAGAGGAAGAGGAAGAAGAGGAGUGAAAGUGUCCUGAAGAGAGAUGAGCACAUUUCUUCAGUUGGAGGCGGACGAUGAGAGACAAAGAGGUGGAAGUUUUGGUGCGAUCCUUCCUUCACUGAAAGCUUUCAGCGGGUACUCCAAAGGGCAUGCCACUGAUGAAACUACAAAUGUUUAGAGGACUGAGCUCGAGUCAGACUCCAACUUGACUGCUACUGGUUAUGAAAAUCUGCACUACAAGACUGAAACGGCUGGGGGUAAGAUGUUCGUGGAGUCAGUCGUCAGAUGGGGGGCGUGGAGCAUCCUGCUCCAGUUCGGGAUGGGCGUUUCUGCAGGAAGCUGUCCUUCACGCUGCAUGUGCCGAUCCGAGACAAAAGAAGUGAUCUGUUCAGGAAAACACUUGAACUCAGUGCCAGAGGGCUUUUCUAGCGAUGCAAGGCGUUUGGAUAUAUCUCACAAUAAGAUCAAGACUGUCGGGCGCCGCCAGUUCUCUGGCCUCCAGCAGCUUCAAGAGUUGGAUCUCAGUGAUAAUUUAAUCUCCAUGAUUGAGGUAGAGGCCUUCCAAGGCCUACAGAAUCUCAGGACGCUCCGGAUUAAGAAUAACAGGCUUAAAAUCAUCCCUGUUGGGGUGUUUUCCGGCCUGUCCAGUCUGCGCUUUCUGGAUUUAAGUCAGAAUGAGAUCCUGGUCUUUCUGGACUAUACCUUCAAAGAAAUGGUGAAUCUGCAAACGCUGGAAGCUGAGGAGAAUGACCUGGUGUUCAUCUCCCAGAGGGCUUUCUUUGGACUGCAGAACCUGCUAGAGCUCAACAUAGACCGCAGUAACCUGACCUCCGUUCCUAUUGAGGCACUGUCCCAGCUCCAGAGUCUGACACGUCUUCGCAUGCUACGCCUCACCAUCUCUACACUACCCAACAACGCUUUCCGACGCCUCCACAGACUGCGCAGUCUUGUGAUUGCAAACUGGCCAGCAUUGGACACCAUUUCCAGUAACAGCCUGAUUGGCCUUAAUUUGACCUCCCUUGUCAUCAGCAGCUGCAAUCUAAGCACUAUUCCUUAUGCAGCACUUCGUCACCUUGUGUAUCUGCGCUUCCUGGACCUAUCCUACAACCCGAUCACUGUUAUCCAAGGGAAUCUUCUAGGCGACCUCCUGAGACUUCAAGAGUUGCACCUCGCAGGGGGGAGCCUACUGCGAAUAGAGCCAGGGGCCUUUAGGGGGCUGGCAUACUUUCGCAUGCUUAAUGUGACCUCCAACCAGCUCACUACUUUGGAGGAGAGCGUCUUCCACUCAGUGGGGAACCUUCAGGUGUUGCGGUUAGAUGGGAACCCCCUGGCAUGCGACUGCCGGCUCCUCUGGGUCGUCCGCCGCCGAUUGCGGUUGAACUUUGACGGACAUCAGCCCACGUGUUCAUCGCCUGAUGCGGUGAGACAGCGUGAAUUCAGAGACUUCUCCGAGAAGGAGCUACCGAGGUUGUUUACCUGCCGUCCUGCUCGUAUCAUGGAUCGCAGGCCUCAGGAGGCAAGAGUCGAGGAGGGCACCACAGUUCUCUAUUCCUGUAAGGCUGAAGGGGAUCCAGCCCCAGCCAUCACCUGGAUCUCAUCCCAUAAAAAUGUGGUUUCUCCAACGGGACGAAUCAGAGUUUUGCAAAAUGGAACUCUAGAAGUGCGAUUUGCUCAAGUUCAGGACAGUGGCACCUACCAGUGCCUGGCAGGGAACGCAGCCGGCAAUGACAGCCUGACAGUAGGACUGUAUGUGAAGGGACUCCCUCGUAACAGAACCAUCCCCUUCCUCGCUGAAGAGGCCUGGGCAGAGCCUUCAAAUCCCCAAGCGGCCAAUUCCUCAGCUCAAAUGGCAAAGCCAUACCCCUUUGACGCCAAGACCCUGAUCAUCGCCACCACCAUGGGCUUCCUGUCUUUCCUCAGCUCGGUGGCCAUAUGUUUUGUGUUUAUGUUUUUCUGGAGCCAGAGCAAAGGUCAGAUCAAGCAUACGGCGACUAUUGACUUUGUUCCUCGGUCUUCCAUGGGCGGAGGAGGUGAUGGAGGUGACGGUGGCCGGUUCACCAUGAAACUUAUUUAAAGCCAGAAAUGAGAGUCUUCUUAUUAACUGUGACCUCUUCUGCACUAUGGACCCCAAAGGGACGCUCAAGGACAGAGCCCUCUAUUCAGAGGCCCCUCUGGAAGGCAAAUCAUAACCGGUUUGUUCACGUCUAAUUUUAGAGUGGAAAGUUACAUCUCAGCACCCACUUCGCUGUGUUAUCUAACUAAUGAAUAUGUCAUGAUCCUGGAAUAGAAAGAUGUACAAAGAUUGUAGGCAGAGCUGUCUCAUGGUUGCUGUGCUUUUUUCCAGCUAAUUUCAGAUUGAUUAACUGGCACAGGUUGAUUUUUUCUAUGUAGCAUGAAAUUAUAGAGUACUUUUCAUUUUCAAUAUAUUUACAGAUUUACUCUACAAGGCAGAUUGGGUUUCACACUUCAUCUUUAAGGUUGCAGCAUUGCAGAAACACACCAGGUGCUUGUUCACUCUUAUUGUACGAGUUGGCUCGGCUUAAUAUCUUCAGUUGGCAAUAUAAGGUCCUUUUGACCCUCCGGUUGCUAUCUGUUCUUGUCCACAGGGGAUCAUGUCCAUGAAAGCUAAUAUAGCAUCAACCAUAUGUCUCUAAAUCCCAUUUAACAUGUCUGCAUCAAAUGCAUGCUGUAGCAUGCACUGUAGUUUCUGAUGUUACACAGAAGCCUACAUAUGAAGCCUGAUGUGCACAUCCUUUAAAUGUUCAACCCUAAUGCCAAAAAAGUUAGGACACAGCCUGAAAUGGAAAUAAAAAACAGAAAGCAAUGAUUUUCAUAUCUCAUCAACCAUUAUUUUAAGGUGAUAUUAUGAUAUAAUCUAAAUUUUGAUUAACUGCCUGGCCCUAGUUGCCACUGUCAUAUUCAAGAUGAGCUAAUAUUUUUAAUGAAAUGGUAAAAUGUGUCAGUUUCAACAUCUGAUAUUCUUUAUGAUUUAUUGGGAGUACAAAAUGGAUUUAUGAGAUUUGUAAUCAUUGCAUCCUGUUUUAUGUCCUGUGUUAUGACCCCCAGGUCAAAUUUCAGUCCGAUAAAACAUCUCCAAGUUUAUAAAAUACGCUUCAAAAUCAUGAAAAAUGAGGCAGUAAAAUCUGCUCCAGGAUGGU